AUGAAGAAAGGAAAAAAAAUAGAGGAGCCUUUUGAUAUAGCAAUCCAUUAUAAAAAGUAAAAUGAAUACUUGAGAUACAGUUUCUAAGAGAACUUGGAUAAUUAUGGUAUUUUGAAAAGUAAAGAAGGAUUUUAGAAGCAAUCAUAAAGAGAACAAGAGUAAGAAAAUAUAGAGAUAACUCCUAAAAAGUCUAUGAGACCUAUGAGUGCUUAUACAUCAUUUAGUCAAGGAUUUUCAUCACGAUAAAGACCAAUAACAGCACCAGGAUUGAAUUUGUAAGUGAAACACAUGAUGAAGAUAAAUGAGAAUGAAGAGAUGAUAUCAGCGCCAUAUCAUUCAGAAACUAAAUAUUGGAGGAAUACAAAGAAAUUUGAUAAAAGUAACUUAUUUUUUAUAAGUUAUUAAUUAGCAAACUAAAAUGUGAUUCGUAAUCAUUCAGCUUUACAAAAGGUUUCUUUAGGGGGUGAUAGUGAGAUUUAUAAUAUUGAAGAAGAAGAAACAAAGAAUUAAAAUAUGAUGGAGAAACAGAUUAUAAAGAAUAGAUUAUUCUCUCCUAUGUAGGGUUAACCUAAGCAUUAAAUAAAUGAUAGAGAUAUUUAAUAUUUAACAGAGGGAUUUUAUUAACAUGUAGCAUUAAUUAAAGGGACAUAACCUUAACAAAAGACAUUCAAACAUUCCAAUUUAUAAAUAUGCGAUAAUCUUGUUGACAUAAUGAAAUUGAUAAGUGGACAAACCUAUACUAAAAGUCCUGUAGUUUAUAAGACUAAACCUUAAGGAUUAAGACCUUAAAGUGCAGUCAACAAAUAAGGAAAAGUAAAUUAACGUUAUCGACCUGUAAGUGGAAAGGUGUAAUCAAUAGCAAUCAGAGGAUUCUAAUUGUGA